AUGAGCAGGCUUGCUGAGGUUUUACGGCGCACUUUUGGAGUAGUACGAGUCCACGUCGGAACCGAUCACCUGGGGAAUAAAUAUUACUUGAUUCCAGAACAGAAGUCAUGGACAGGAAAGCAUGUCCGUGCCAAGCGGAUGGUGGUAGCAGCCAAUCCUUCAGAAUAUGAAUAUAUAGAAGGCAGCAUUCCGAUGGAGUGGGAUGCUUGGAUUCGAGGCAGACGGAAGGAGCCCCCCUCCGUAGAGGAGCUGCUGAAGAACGAGUCUCAGAGGGAGCAGAUCAAGGUGAAGGCCAAAGAGGUGGAGGAGAAUGAUUUGGCUCUCCGUGCUAAAGAGUACAAGGAAGGUCUGGUGGCGACCCCGAGGACUGUGGCAAAGGGCCAUGCAGCUGCCGCCAACUUUGGCAAGGAGGAGAUCAGCGAAGAACCGACAAGCACUGCAAACACGUUCCAGCCCGGCUCCUGGAUGCCCUCUUCCAAGAAAUAGACUGCGGCCACA